GGGCGACUCUGAAGAGACCACAUUUUCGGAUUGGGUUUCCACCAGGAACCAGCAAUGGCUGCUGCAGUAUCAAGGGCUUUCACCCAUUCCCAUCGGAGCCUUUUACACUUCACCUUCCGAAAUCCACUUCCCAACACCCUAAACUCCUCCAAAACGACGCCGUCCCUCCUCUUCUCCAACACCCUUAAGUACCGUCGACUCCUCUCUUCCUUCAGCUCAACACGAAAUGACGUCGUCCAAUCUGGUCACCGCCCCAACGUCGUCGACAUUCUCGACGAACGGGGCUUGCUUGAGUCCCUCACCAGCGACAAGCUUCGGGUCGCUUGCUCCGACCCGAAUCUUCCUGCCCUCAAGGUCUACUGCGGAUUCGACCCAACUGCCCAGUCCCUCCAUCUGGGCAACCUUCUCGGGAUUAUCGUACUCUCUUGGUUCCAGAGAUGUGGCCACCAAGCUGUCGCGUUGAUCGGAGGUGCCACCGCCCGGGUUGGUGACCCCUCCGGUAAGAGCCUCGAGCGACCUGAACUGGACUCGGAAACGCUGCUCAAUAACACAAACGGGAUAACCGAAAUCAUCUCAAGAAUUCUGGGUCAGAAUUCGGGUUCGGUUUCUUCGGUAUUGAUUUUGAAUAAUUACGAAUGGUGGAAGGAGUUUCGGUUGCUGGAUUUCCUCAAGGAAGUGGGUCGAUUCGCGAGAGUUGGGACAAUGAUGGCUAAGGAGAGCGUAAAGAAACGUUUGGAAUCGGAGCAGGGAAUGAGUUACACCGAGUUCACGUACCAGUUGCUCCAGGGGUAUGACUUCCUCCACCUGUUCGACAAAAUGCGCGUGAAUGUACAAAUAGGGGGGAGUGAUCAAUGGGGGAAUAUCACCGCAGGAACGGAGCUCAUUAGGAAGAUUCUACAAGUGGACGGAGCUUACGGUUUGACAUUUCCGCUUCUCUUGAAGAGUGAUGGCACCAAGUUCGGAAAGUCAGAGGACGGUGCCGUUUGGCUCUCGCCUUCAAUGUUGUCUCCGUACAAGUUCUUUCAGUACUUCUUCUCUGUCCCGGACACAGAUGUGGUGAGGUUCCUCAAGAUUCUUACUUUUUUGGAUAUGGAGGAGAUAAUGGAGUUGGAGAGGGACAUGAAGAGUCCUGGCUAUGUCCCCAACACGAAUCAGCGAAGGCUUGCAGAAGAGGUUACUAGGUUCGUUCAUGGCGAAGAGGGCCUAAUUGAGGCUCUUAAGGCAACGGAAGCUUUGAGGCCUGGAGCUGAGACCAAGUUGGAUUGGAAGACUAUUGAGGGAAUUGCUGAGGAUGUUCCUUCUUGUUCUUUGGCUUAUGAUCAAGUCCUCAACUUGUCUCUGGUUGAUCUCUCUGUUUCGUCUGGUUUGUUUGAGAGUAAAUCUGCGGCCCGCCGGCUGCUAAAACAAGGGGGACUUUACUUAAACAACUCCAGAGUUGACAGUGAGGCUAAGAGAGUUGAGGCCGAAGACAUUGUGGACGGUAAAGUUCUCCUUUUAUCCGCUGGCAGGAAGAAUAAGGUUAUUGUACGAAUUGCUUAACAUUUUUAUCAUAACAUCUUUCAAUCCUAUAGAGUUUUUAGUUUUUGAGCUAAAGACGAAGACAUAUUAAUCAUCAGAUUGUAUGAAGAUGUUGAAGUUUUGAAAUUGUCAACUUCUGCUGUAUUUAUGUUUAUGUGUCAGCAAAAUUUUGAUUACUUGUGGUGAUGAAACUAGCUAGUUACCUGCAGUCAUUCUUUCAAAAGUUGUAGAUUUUUGGUAAUAUGGGGAAGGCCUCCUUUUAGACAUC